AUGCCUUCCACUUACCACACUUCACUAUUCAUAUCAUGCCUAUGCUUGUUCUCGGUUUCGUGUGUUGGUGGGUUGAUGAACGAUACACUGAGAAACUUGUUGCUGACUCUUCACAAUAAUGCAAGAGAUGAUGUUCGAAGUGGAUCGCUUAGUGGACAGCCAAAGGCUAUUUCUAUCAAACACGUGAAAUACAACAUGGAGUUGGAAAAGAAAGCACAGAAUUUAUCUGAUCAAUGUCGUGUUGGACAUGACACAGACUCAGAGCGUAAAGUUCCUCCAUUCACAUAUGUUGGACAGAAUUGGGUGGGUGCAGCAACAGUCGAACUUGGAUUCAAUUCAUGGUUGAACGAAUAUAAAAAUUAUGAUUUCUAUGGAAGUUAUUGUUUCAAUGGUCAAUGCAAUAAAUAUACACAGAUCGUUUGGCAGAAAACUACUGAUAUAGGAUGUGGGGUCACUGACUGUCCUUCUGCCCCAUUUGGAUUGAGUAUCGUAUGCAAUUAUGGACCUGGCGGGAGGUACAUCGAUCAGUAUCCAUAUGAAACAGACCAGACAGGGAAACUAUAA